AUGAAAAUGAAGAAGUUUACGAAAAGAAAGGAAGUUUUAUGUUUUCUACUAGUGUGCACAAUAAUUCAUGGAAUAUUAGGUGAUAACAACAUUUCUGAUAACACAAAUAAGUGGAGUUCUCGUGAAGGCGGCAACGAUAACCGAAAGCCGCAAAUUCGCAAUUGCAAGGGAUACGCGCCGGUAAUAAAAGAAGAACAAUCACCUGGAGCGUUUGUUACGAAAAUAGACGCUUUCGACCCUGAUAAACAAGAUCGAAUUGAAUUCAGUUUCAUAACUGCUAAUAAUGAAAAGUCAAAGUUUAAAAUUGAUCCAGCAAGUGGAAUGAUUACAACGCAACAUGCUUUUGAUCGCGAUGAACCAGCAAGAGAAAAAGAAGUUUAUGUGACGGUUCGUGUUACUGACAAUGGUCGACCGGCACUUGACGAUGUGUGCACAUUUAAAGUGACUAUCGAAGAUAUCAACGAUAAUCCUCCAGUUUUCGAUAAAAGCAAAUAUCUUGAGCCAAUGGCUGAAGAUAAACAAGUGAAUAAAGUUGUAACGAGAAUAUCCGCGACAGAUCUCGACGAUGGUGACAAUUCAAUUGUGAUGUAUGAGCUCAUGACAAACAAACCAAAUCAUCAUAAAUAUUUUCGUAUGGAUAAUAGCAGCGGAAUUAUUUACCUCGACCGUCCUAUUGAUAAGAAACCAGGUCAAUUCUAUACAAUAAAUGUGAGAGCUUACAAUAUUUAUCCAGAUCAAUCACAACAAGCUGAAACAGAAAUUAAAAUUGAAGUGAUUGAAUCGAAUAAGAAACCGCCGUCGUUUGUUGAUCCACCAAAUGAUCCAAUCAUCCUCAAAGAGAACUUCAACAACUUUGAUAAACCUUUAGUGACACUUUCAGCCAUUUCAAAUGUUCCUGAAAAGCCGGAAUUGAUUUUUGAACUCAUCACGGGACGAACAGAACAGACAAACAAUAAGAAAACUUUCGUCUUGACACAAAACGGCAACGAUGCUUCAAUUUUUCUCGGGAAGUUUCUCGAUUACGAGUCAAUUACAGAUUAUUCGCUUACAGUCACUGUCAGAAACUCCCACGACAUAUUCACUGAACAUAUCAUAAAAAUAAAAGUUGAAGAUGUGAAUGACAACAUUCCGUCGUUUGUUGAGAUUGAUUCCGGUGCGAUUUUAGAGAACGAACCGCCAGGAACUCAAGUGAUGCAAGUGCGAGCUAUUGACAUGGAUGCAACUCCGCCAUUUAACAUAAUUGCAUUUGAACUUGCUGAUAACACGGAAUAUUUCAGCAUUGAUCAACAAGGAAUUAUCACAGCUAAAGUGAGUUUCGAUCGUGAAGAACGCGAAUCUUAUAAUGUGAAAGUUGUUGCAACUGAUGGCGCACCGUCAGCACUUUUCACAACUGGAAAGCAUAAUGUGGCGUCACAAGUCUUUCGUAUUGACAUUGCUGAUAAGAACGAUCAUCCGCCAAAGUUUAAGCAAGACGAAUAUCUCGCUGAUCGUGUGCCUGAAGAUGCUAAUCUCAACACUCUUGUAAUUGAAGUUCAAGCUAUUGAUCGUGAUACUGCAUCAGCGAUUGAAUAUUCCAUUGAAAGUGGCAACACAAAUAAUUCCUUCAAGAUUGAACAAUCAACUGGACGUAUAACAAUCAAUCAUCAACUCGAUUAUGAACAAAUUACUGAAUAUCAAUUGCGAAUCAAAGCUUUUGAUGGAAUUUACAGUGAUUAUGCAACAGUGAAGAUUAACAUUGCAAACGUCAAUGAUUGUCCGCCAGAAUUUCUUGAAGAUGAAUACAGAAAUGAAAUUCUUGAAGAACAAAUCCAUCAAGAUUGCAUUGUGACGAUUGGCGCGUACGAUCCCGACAUUAAAGAUCGAAAUCUUCCACAACAUAUCAAAUACGAAGUGUCAAAGAAAGAUCAACGUGAGUUGUUGACAAUCGACGAGUUUGGAUGUUUAAAGAACAUCAAACCACUUGACCGAGACAAGCCAAAUGGGCAGAAAUCAUGGCAGAUUCUCGUAUCAGCGAUUGAUGAAGAUGGACAAGGUUUGGCAUCAACGAAAUUUGUCACAAUUAUUCUCAUUGACAUUAAUGACAAUGCGCCUUUCUUAAAUAUGGAAAUGCCGGUCAUUUGGCCUGAGAAUCAUCAUGAAGAUCGCAUCACGACACUUGUUGCUGAUGAUUAUGAUGAGAAAACAACAAAUGGCUUCACUUAUGAAUUCAAAAUCGCCGACACCGCCAGCAAUGACAUCAAAAAUAAAUUUGCAAUACAAAACAAUGAAGAUUUAGUUGCACUUACCGUCUUUGAUCGUGAAGAACAGAAAGAAUAUUUCAUUCCCAUUCUAAUUUCUGAUGCUGGCAUUCCACAACAAUCGAAUAUCAGUUACUUACACAUUGUGAUUGGCGAUGUCAAUGACAAUGCAAUGGAAGAAGGUUCGAGUUCAAUUUUUGUUUACAAUUAUAAAGGCGAAGCACCGAAUACAGAAAUUGGUCGCGUUUAUGUUGCUGAUCCCGACGAUUGGGAUUUACCUGACAAAUCUUUCUUCUGGCGUGACGGUCCACAUUCAAGUUUCUCACUCGAUGAAGACACUGGAAUGAUAACAAUGCUGUAUGGAACUCAAGACGAUACUUACGAUUUAUAUUUCCGCGUUAUUGAAGAAUCUGAUCUCAUUGCACGACAUGAAGUUGAUGCAACAGUGCAAGUGACUGUUAAAGACAUUCCUGAGGAAGCAGUUGAUAAGAGUGGAUCGAUAAGAUUCCACGACAUUAGCGCUGAGAAGUUUAUCGAUGAGAAUCCAAUAAGUCCAAAGGAGAAAUUACGAGCAGCACUUUCUGAGUUGUUUAAUACGAGCACAGCUAAUAUUGACAUCUUUACAGUUCUCAAGAAUGAACUCGAUUCAAGUGUUCUCGAUGUGAGAUUCUCAGCGCACGGUUCGCCUUAUUAUGAGCCAGAAAAGUUGAAUGGAAAAAUUGCACAACAACAAUUGAAGUUGGAAGAAGAGUUGGGAAUGAAAAUGUUGAUGAUUAACAUCGAUGAAUGUCUCAUUGAACGUGCGAAAUGUGAGUCGUCAUGUGUGAAUGUGUUGGAGAAGUCAAACGUUCCACUUGCAGUUUAUACAAAUCGAACAUCAUUUGUUGGCGUCAACGCAUUUAUUACUGCACAAUGUGCUUGUCUUGAGACGCAACGAAGUGGUGAACCUUUCUGUUUAAAUGGUGGAACGACAUACGCCAACACAUGUGAAUGUCCGAAAGGCUUUGAAGGUCCAAGUUGUGAACAGAUUUCAGUUGGAUUUAGUGGCAAUAGUUGGGCUUUGUAUCCACCAAUCGAUCCAUGCGAAACGACAAAAAUUUCACUUGAAUUAAAGCCAGAAACAAGCGAUGGACUUGUGAUGUACGUUGGUCCAAUGAGUUACAACCAACGAAUGCCAAUUCAAGAUUUCCUCGCUUUAGAAAUCGUCAAUGGACAUCCAGUCUUGACAGUUGAUUAUGGAACGGGAGCUGUAAGAAUUCAACAUAAUUACACAAGACUCGUCGCUGGUCGUCUUCAUACCAUUGACAUUAUUCUCACGAAAACGAGUAUCGAGAUGACUGUUGAUCAAUGCAAAUUGUCAUCAUGCAUGGGACUUGGAGCACCUCAAGGCAAGAACGAGUUUCUUAAUGUCAAUUCGCCAAUUCAUCUCGGUGGUUCAAGUGUUGACUUGAAGGCACUCAGUGCAGCUUUCAAUUGGUUUUAUACUCCAUCAACACGUGGAUACAUUGGCUGCAUUCGAAAAUUAACAAUCAACGAUCAAACUUACAAUUUGGGACAAUCAAGUUUGUCACACAACAUCGACCCUGGUUGUGAGAAAUCCUUGACAGCUGCUGUGACAUUUGGUGUUGCAAAUAACUUCAUUUACGCUCUCAUUGCUUGCAUCAUUCUUCUUUUGAUUCUCAUUCUUGCUGUCGUUGUUCAUAAGAAGUCUUAUGAUGGGUGGCAUGAGAAGGACAUGGAUGACAUUAGAGAGACAAUUAUCAAUUAUGAAGACGAGGGUGGUGGUGAACGUGACACUGAUUACGAUUUGAAUGUUCUUCGUGGUCCGCCGAUUUAUGAAGAUAAACCUUACAAGGAUCUACGACAGAAGGAAGCACAUGAAGUGCCUGACAUUGGCGCAUUCUUAAUUGACAAGAAAGAUGCGUGCGAUAAGGAUAACGAUGCUUAUCCGAUUGAUGAUGUUCGACAUUAUGCUUAUGAAGGUGACGGCAACAGCAGUGGAUCGUUGUCAAGUCUCGCUUCAUGUACCGACGACGGUGAUCUCAAAUUUAAUUACUUGUCCAACUUUGGUCCGCGUUUCCGAAAGUUAGCUGACAUGUACGGUGAAGAGCCGUCUGACACCGACUCAAAUGUUGAUGCUGAUGAAGGUUGGAGGAUUUAAAUGAGUUGCGAGGGAGAAGAAAUUAAACAUACGAGAAGGAAAAGUUUUAUUUUUUUAACUUUUCUUUUCCAAAUGAAGCUGUGAAUUUUUUUAUUUGUUAAAAUUUAUUCGAAGAAGAACGUGUUAUGGAGAAAGAAGGAAGAGAAGCGACCAAAAGAACGAGACUUUUAAUGCCAUAGUUGGACAAGCUGAAAAUAAAAUUAAGUAAGAAGAGAUGAGAAAAGCGGCAUUGAUCGUGAAAUGACAAAUAUCCCUGAAAUUUGUUGGAGGCGAAGUAAACUUCUUUGAAUCGCAAGUAGAUGACGUCACUAGGUGUUAAGAUUAAUUACAUUUCUUCCUUUUAAAGACGAUCUAUGUACAUAUAUUGAAACACGUUCACAUUUGGAAUAAUCAAUUGCUUCAUUCAACAACAUGAGCCCAUUGAAUAUUUCAUUUUGAAGUUGAUGUUAAGAAAAAAAAACAAAACUUUAGUAAAGUUUUCUUAUUUGAAAAACGAUGCAACCAAAGUCGGAGUGGAGCGGCUUAAAUUUAAACAAAAAUUCAUCUCUUAAUAGUUUAAAAAAAAUGAGUCGAAUUAUGUUCAUAACUACGUGAAAUUGAACUUUUACGAUGGAUUAUGAACUGAUCGUCAUCAUGAAUGAAGAGGGAAAAGUUAAAGUCACAAAGGUCAAAACUUUUUAUUUUAUUUUUCUAACUUGUGAUUUUAUAUCAUUAAUCAUAAAAGUUCAUUUAAAAAUAGAUUUUAUAAACAAAUUUAAAUUCUAAAAUGCAAAAAUAUGUACUGAUAACUGAUAAAUGAUAAAUCAACACUAUUUUAUACAAAAUCGGAAAAGUUAGUUAGAUCUUUAAUUGAAUUCAAACAAGAAUGAAUAAAACGAGAAAUUCCGGCCAAUUGUUAUUAAUUAAGCCUAAGCGCCUAACAAAAAGAGAAAGAAAAGUGCAUUUAUGUGUCGAAAUAUUGUGCCCUGACAGACAUUAGAUUAAAAAAAGAAGAAUACUGAACGUUGUCGUCUUAAAACUGCCUGCCUUUAAGAAAAGAAGAAACUAAACAUAAACUCAACAUUUUCAUUUUCAUCAAUCAUAAUAUUUAGAUAAAUGUUAUUAACUUUAAGUCUAAAAGUAUAAACAAUCAAACAACACAAGAAAAGUGCAUUUUUGAAGAUAAUCUUUGUCAUAAAUUACAUAAAUUCAUGAGACAUUUUGCCUGCCCCGCCCUUAGAGGAAAUCUAGAUGAGCUUGAAGCUGUGAUAAGUAAUUUCCUGAGAAAAUAUUUUAUGUUAGCCCUACUAAGUCGUUUCUAUGUAUAAUUAAGCAUUCAAACUUGCCAAUUCUUUCCCUCGGCAGCUGAAGACAAAAAUCUUCUUCUCUCAGAACUUACAAUCGCAAUCUAGAACUUCUCUAUGGGAAGUAAACGGUAAGAUGAUUUUAAUUUAAUGAAUCAGCCGCAAUAACGCGCUCCAUGACGUUAGACAAAAAUAAAUAAGUAAAUAAAUUCCAAUCAAAAAUCAAUUUAAAGACUAUAAAUUUUCGUCUUAUCUUACAAUUCAUAUUUCAUUCUUUUAAAGUAAGAAAAAAUUUCUUUCUAUUUUUAAAUCAAGUGCCUCCAUACAAAAAACUUUUUUGUUUUGUCUAAAAUUACGAAAGAAAAAAAAAAUAUUGUAGAAAUUUUUAAGUUAUUCGAUUUUAAGUUCAUCAAGUUUAAUGUAGAAACAAAAUGAAGAAGAGAUAAAUGAAAAAAUCAAGAAGAAAAAAAUCAUAUCAUUGUAACAUUUAACAGACAGCUUUUAGUGUGAUGUAUUAAGAGUUGUUUACUUAUGUUUAGUAUUAUGAGAUUCAUGUUAAUUUGCAUUGAUGGUCAUAGUGCUACUUGAAGACUAUUCGACUAUUCUAUGAUUCAUCUCUUUCAACUUAAGAAACUCUUUUUUUCUUCUGAUGCCACUAAAAAGCUGAAACAGUAGCAGAAGUAACAAUGCAAAGCUCUCAUGAGUCAUGACAUCAUCGCAAAAAAAUGCAACAAGGCACGUAACAGAAAAAAGAAAACCCACAAAAGAAAAAAAGUUGAGAGAGAAAUAUUGUAUCAUUCCAUUCAUAAUUAUUUUAUGGACUUUAGUUUUUAGUUAGUUUUUGUGGUUUUGAUUGGAAGGUCGAAAUUUUGAGCAAUUGGGAAAUUUUAUUGAGAAUUUUUGCAAUGCAUUGUUGAAAUAUGAUUUCUCACUGGCAACGCCUUAACGUGAAACUUUUUUUCCUCUCAGUCUAAAUAAGUCUCAAGUGUUCAUAACGAACGACAACGAGAAGAAGUUUGUGUCGAGAGAAUCGAAAAUGAGGAAUAACAUUUUUUACACAAUUACAUUAAUUUGACCUUUUUCGCUUCCCCCGUACGACUUCGAAGUUUUUGACUGUACGAUGAGUCAAUUUUUUUGUCGAUCGAUCGGUCGAGACGAGAUGAUUGAGAAUGUUUAUCGUGAAUUCAACGAAAAUUUCAUCGUGACUCAUGUUAAGCGACUUUUUUCUCUUUCUUUUCCCAUCCCAAUUACGCAAAUCAUUGAAAUCUUCUUCCAGUUAUUCAUUCAUUUCUAUCGCCUUCCAAUCCAAACUUUAAAUAACUGUUUCGUGGAAAUUUCGUGUAAAUUAAUUUAGAAAUUAUACAAUCAAACAAAAAUAUCUCUUCAAAUGAUAAAUAGACGAAAUGAUUAUUUUGUAAGACAAACAGAAAGAAGUGAAGAAAAAAAAACUGAAAAUUUCUAAGAAAGAAGAAAAAUAAAUAAAUAAACAAAAAAUUAAAUCGCAA